AUGAGCGCGUCGGUAGUCAAUGAGUCGUUCCCAUUGUGGGCAUUACUACCCAAACGGGAAACCACUGCCCAGUCAUUCAUCGAGAAAUACCCGGAUUAUGACGGCAGGGGUAUUAAGAUUGCUAUCAUUGACUUGGGAGUGGAUCCCGGAGCUGAUGGCCUACAGCUCACUAGUGAUGGCAAACCAAAGAUCGUAGAUAUGAUGGACGCUACCGGUGCCGGCGAUGUCGACACCAGUACUGUUGUCGAGGCAGAUGGACAGGGAUUUAUCACUGGACUCACGGCAACUAAACUCAAAAUACCGGACCAUUGGGUGAACCCUACGGGAAAAUUUCACAUCGGAUUGAAAAAUAUCUAUGAAUUAUAUCCGGUAGGAGUGGACACUCGUAUUGCCCGGGAGUAUAGGGAGACCCAAUGGGAACCGACGCAUAAGACUAUUAAAACGGAAACACUGCGAGCGCUCCGGGAGUUUGAGGGCAAACAUGGCGACCCUUCUCGGGAUACAUUUGAUGAGAAACUUUUGAGGGAAGACUUGCAGUCGAGAGUGGAUUUCUUGAAGGACAUGGAGUCUAAUCAUAAAUACGAGGAUUUGGGCCCAACUUAUGAUUAUCUGCUGAAUUAUGGCCUUAAUAUCCAUAACGAGGGAAACCUAUUGGAAAUCGUGUCCAUAAGCUCCUCUCACGGCACCCACGUGGCCAGCAUAGCGGCAGCUAACUUUCCCACCGACCCCCAUAGGAAUGGUGUGGCACCGGGCGCUCAGAUCGUCAGCAUAUGUAUCGAUUGUCGUGAUUCCAGUUUCGUGAGGGCACUUAUUAAAGUGAUAGAAACGGGAUGUCAUGUCAUUAAUAUGAGCUACGUAAGAAACCCUGACUACUUCGACGGCACCUUUUACGACUUCAUGAGCGAAGUGGUCAACAAAUACGGAAUAUUAUUUGUGAUAAGUGCCGGUAAUAAAGGGCCCUCCCUGUCCACCGCAUGGCUAAAUACUGUACAUUCGGCAUCGUUUAUAAGUGUCGGCGCUUAUGUCUCGCCAGAUAUGAUGACAACCGCCUAUUCAAUGACUAAACAAAUACAUGGCUUGAUGUAUGAAUGGACAUCCCGGGGCCCCACGUUACUUGGUGAUUUAGGCGUAACGGUAUGCGCACCGGGAGGUGCUAUAACAUCGAUUGCCGCGUGCGAUCUAAUGAGAGCCAAGUUGGCGAAUGGCACGUCCAUGAGUGCACCCAACUGUGCCGGAUGUCUGUGUCUCUUAUUAUCGGGUCUUAAAGCCUUGAAUAUCGAUUACUCGCCGUAUAGUGUGCGCCGGGCUAUCGAAAACACUGCACUGGUACUGCCAGACUCCGAGCCCUUUACACAUGGACACGGAAUGAUCCAGGUUGAGAAAGCGUUUGAACACCUGACUCAAUACAUGGGCGCAAUGGAAAUGGACGUCCGUUUCAACGUAACAUGUGGUCAGGCUUUAGGUGUUUAUCUGAGGGAAGCCGUUGAUGUGGUGCACCCAACCCUUCAUGACAUAAAAAUUGAGCCCUUUUUUCUUAAUCACAAACGAAUC